AUGCCAAGAAGACAACUUAUGUUUUGUAUGGAAUCUUCAGAUUUUGAGGAUUUAACAACUGCUGGUGACGUGUCCCUGCGCUCGCCAGAUGCCUUCACCCCAAAGAGUCCUCUUACGGACGAGGAAGACUCAAAUGAUAGCGGCUUUGAAUCUUUGAGCAGCGACAAUGAGGUAUCUCCUCUGGCAUUGGAUCAUAGGACAUGGAAUGGUUGCCAUGGCGCCAGGAGAUCUCUCUUCUCUGGGAAGAGAUCACGUGCAGAGGAGCAUGAAGAGCAAGCUGUUUCUCUGAUGAAAAAACUUCGAUCACCCAAAUUCACCGAUAAAGCCCAAGUUGAGGUGAUAUCCAAAGAUAUGAAGACUGCCGUAGAAAAAAUGCAAAACGAGGAUGAUCUUAUUGGUGAUGGCUCACAGAACCAUAGUCUUCAAACUAUAAAAGGUAGACACAAGGAUCUCAAGUCUGUCUCUCCACAUACAGUCAGUCAGCUUCUGGCAGGAGAGUAUGAUGACGUCAUUCCCAAGUACAGGAUCAUCGACUGUCGUUACCCGUAUGAAUAUGAAGGAGGUCACAUUGAGGGUGCGGAGAACCUUCACAACGAGGCUCUGAUCUCAAACUUAGUGACCAGUCUUCAGGUGGUGGAUUCCACUCAGCGGAACAUCCUUGUCUUCCAUUGUGAAUUUUCAUCAGAGAGAGGCCCUAAGCUAUUGCGUCAUCUGAGAAACCUUGACCGGAAGCUGAACAGUGACCGUUACCCUUUCCUCCUCUACCCGGAAGUAUACCUGUUAGAUGGUGGAUACAAGGCCUUCUAUGAACAACACCAGUGUCAGUGUGAACCAAGAUCCUACCUUCCUAUGCUGCAUCAGGAUUACUCCAAACAACUACGUCACUUCCGGGUUAAGUCAAAGUCUCGGACAGCAGGACAGAAACAGAGCAUGCGCUCUCAACGUUUCCAAAUGGAUGCGUCUCCACUCAAGUUACUGCUACAGCAGACUCAAAGCCGUUAUCCCUUGAGUCUUCAUCGUCGCCGAAAACAAGACUAUGGGGCUGGAAAACCUCAGGUGUCUCCACAAUCGUUGGCUCAAAAGCAAACCAAUUUCUACGGCACAAAGGAAGUCACUUUUCACGGAAAGAGACCACGUGACAAUGACAAUGAAGAGGAUGAAUACGUUCUAGCCAGGCAGAUCAAGAAACAGAAGACAGUCGACAUUGUCAAUAAAACCCCCACAGAAGAAGUAACGUCAGAUGUGAUGAGAGUCUGUUGUGGACAAAAUGGAAAACGAAGAAGAUCUGAUCGGCGAUGGUUCGCAGGCUCAUAG